UUUAAAUCAGAUUGUUGGAAAAUUAAUUAUUUUCAAAAAUGAGUCCAAAGGGAGAAUCGUUUUCCUCAACUGAAGUAUACGCCGUUGGAGAUUGGGAGAAGCUGAAGCUGCUCCUGUGGAAGAAUUGGGUUCUUCAGUGGAAUCAAAAGAUGCAAAUAGUGUUUAUUCUGGUUCUUCCUGUGAUGUUCCUUCUUCUGAUAGUGUUUAUUCGUCUUAUAGUCAUGCCGGAAAGUUUGGAUGAGACUCGAUAUCCACCCGUACCCAUUUCGGACUUGAGGCUUUACAUGAAGAAGGUUACGCAGGGAAAUAGGAUAUUACACCAGAACGGUUCCCUGAAUAUACCAAAAAACUUUCUUUGCUACACUCCAGAUACUCCAUUUUUUGGAGCUGUUAUGAAUGCCACGGUAUUGCGGCUCAGACUUUUGGGGAAUCGUCCUUAUGAGAACGCUUCGCAUAUGGAAUAUGAUAUGGUAAUGCAUAACUUUCUAGCCGGAGUGCAGUUCGAAACAAAUAUAGAGGCGACCAAUGAUCAGGGUUAUCCACUAAGCUUAAACUACUCCCUGCGAUUUCCCAGCGAACUGCGAACCAUGGAAGGACCAAUUAUUGAAACGUGGCGUACAUCCAGUAAGUUUUUGUCCUACGAUGCGAAGGGUCCCCGAAAUAGAUUGGAUAAUGAUGGCGGACUUCCGGUGGGAUACCUUCGGGAAGGCUUUCUGCCAAUCCAACAUGCCCUAACCAUGUCCUGGCUGAACUUAUUGUCGGGUGUUAAUGAUAACGACCUGCCAGUAAUAAAUCUCAAGCGCUUCCCCUACGGAGCGAUCACCUACGACCGAUUGCUGAGUGGUCUGCGCCAACUCCUGCCCUUCGUGAUCCUGCUCAGCUUUAUUUAUCCCUGCUCCACUGUGACCAAGUUCGUGACCGCCGAAAAGGAGCUCCAGCUCAAGGAGAUAAUGAAGCUGAUCGGAGUCCACAACUGGCUGCAUUGGGUCGCCUGGUUCGUUAAGAGCUACAUAAUGCUGAUGCUGGUGGUGGCUCUCAUUAUGAUUCUGGUUAUGAUCAAGUUCACCUCUUCGGUGGCGGUGCUCACCAAUUCCGAUUGGCCUCCGGUGCUGUUCUUCCUGCACACCUAUGUUGUUGUGAGUAUCUGUGUGUGCUUCAUGUUGGCGGUUCUGUUUUCAAAGGCCAGCACAGCAUCUGCAGUUGCAGCCAUCUUCUGGUUCCUGACCUUCAUACCCUACUCGUUCUCCUUCUAUUACUACGAACGUAUGAGCCUUCUGCAGAAACUGCUCAUUUGCAUGGUAUUUUCGAACUCAGCUUUGGGAUUCGGCAUCCAUGUCAUCGUAGUUUGGGAAGGAACCGGAGAGGGCAUCACCUGGGACAAUAUAUUCCACCCCGUCUCAACAGACGAUGAUCUCACCCUGUUUUACGUGAUCAUGUCGAUGAGUUGUGGAGGACUCAUAUUUCUGUUAAUUUGCCUGUAUUUGGAGCAGAUAUUCCCCGGCGACUAUGGCAUACCUCGUAAAUGGUACUUUAUUUUCCAGAGAAAAAUACUGCAGCACUUUAUGCCUUUGUAUAUAGUGAAUGCACCAAACAACAUUGGUGGAUCUGAAAGGAAAGGAGAAAGUUGUAGGAAAGGAAGGGAAGCAGGAGUUCAAUUGUGCAACCUUCAAAAGACAUAUGGCAAACACAAAGCUGUCAAGGGAUUGAGUCUCAAGAUGCAUUGGAAUGAAAUCACAGUGCUACUCGGUCACAAUGGAGCUGGCAAAACCACAACCAUCAACAUGUUGACCGGAGUAGUUAAACCCACAGCUGGAACCGCGAUAGUCAAUGGCUAUGAUAUUCGAACCGAUUUGGAGAAGGCUCGCCAAUCCCUGGGAGUUUGCCCCCAAGUCAAUAUACUCUUCAGGAGCAUGAGUGUGCGGGAUCAUAUAAUAUUCUUUAGCAAGCUGAAGGGAGUUCGCGGUUCGAAGGCGGUGAAAAAUGAGGUGGCUAAGUACGUUACCAUGCUGAAGCUGCAGGACAAAUCCUUUGUGGCCGCUGAUAAACUAUCUGGUGGCAUGAAGCGAAAGCUUUCCCUUUGCUGUGCCCUAUGUGGAAAUGCCAGAGUUGUCCUCUGCGAUGAACCGAGUUCGGGAAUCGAUGCAGCAGGUCGCAGAAGCCUCUGGGAUCUACUGCAGAGCGAGAAGGAAGGACGCACCAUUCUGCUGACCACUCACUACAUGGAUGAAGCCGAUGUCCUGGGCGAUCGAAUAGCUAUUCUAUCCGAGGGAAAGCUGCAGUGCCAGGGAAGCUCCUUCAGUUUGAAAAAAAGGUUUGGCACUGGCUAUCAACUGGUGUGCGUAAUAAAGAAUGGCUGCGAUGUUGAUGCAGUAACCAAGUUGGUAAACAAGUAUAUUCCUCACAUAAAACCGGAAAGGCAGUUGGGAACCGAACUAACUUAUCGUCUGCCCAACGAGUACUCCAAGAAAUUUGCGUCACUACUAAAGGAUUUGGAUAAAAAUUGUGAUAACCUUAAGUUGGAGGGGUAUGGCCUCAGCGGGGCAACUUUGGAAGAUGUUUUCUUGAACGUCAACAGCGACAGAAGAGUUGAGGGUGGAGCGGAAUCGCCUCAGGAUAAAGAAGGUCUGGAUUUAGUCUUUGAUAAAGAAACAAAGGCAACACGAUCUUCGACACGUUUCUGUAUGUUCUGGCAGGCUCUCCUUUUGAAGAAAAUAUUUGUCACCUUCAAAAACUACUGGAUAAUUCUGAUACACGUUUUAUUGCCCCUUAUAGUUAUGGUCAUGACCAUUCUCAAUUCGCGUGGAGGUAGAAUUUACUACGAAUUGCCAGCUAUGCCCAUAUCCCUUUAUCAGUACGAUAAAUCUUACGUUAUUUUGGAUGGUAAUGCCACCGAUGAAGCUUCAUCUCUUGCUAAGGAUUAUAGUAAGCAUUUAGAGCAGUAUGACGACAGAGUAAAGUUGAUAAGCACAAACGACUUCGAGGAUUAUAUACUUAGUAUGGGCAAAACCGAGGUCCGUCGAGUUGACUUCAACUUUUUAGCUGGAGUUACCAUUGCGAGUGAUAACCUAACUGUGUGGCUGAAUAAUAAGCCUCUGCAUACCGCUCCAUUGACCCUUAAUUUACUGCACAAUGCCUUGGCCAUUAAAUUUUUAGGAGAGAAGGCCUCUACAUUCGUAACCAAUGAGCCUCUGCCGUAUAGCGAUGAUACCAAGACUUUGCGAUUGAACAAAGGAGAGCGUUUGGGAGCUGAAAUCUCGAUUAACUUGACUCUUUGCAUGGGUUUCGUAACAGCCUGCUAUGCAGUUGCCAUUAUAAAGGAGCAGGAGACUAAGGCCAAACUCCUGCAAUUGUUGAGUGGAGUGGAUGUGUUUGCCUACUGGAUGAGUCACUUCAUUUGGGAUUUUUUCAUGUUUUUCAUAUCUGCAUUAGUGGCGAUAUUAACGAUUGCAGCUUUUCAGGAGAUUGGAUACUCAACGCCAUUAGAGCUAAGUCGUUUCUUCCUUUUGCUGUUAAUAUUUGCCUGGGCUGCCAUUCCCCUGAGUUAUGUGCUCGCCAGUCGAUUUUCGGACUCUGCCACAGGUUUCAUCCGCAUUGCCAUCUUCAACACCUUGACCGGAACCGGUUUAUUUAUGCUGUUCUUGACCCUCAACUUCGAAGCUUUUCAGUUGAAGCAUGUGGCAAAGCAACUCGCCUGGUACUUUCGCAUAUUUCCGCCGUACUGCCUGGCCAGCUCUACUCACAAUAUUCACAUUGGAUUCAGCAUUCGAAGGGGAUGUGAGGAUAGUCGCCUUCAGAAGAUUACCCAAAAAUCCCGCUGUGCUGUUCCAUUGUGCUGUAAUAUUCCAGACUAUUUCGCUUGGGAGAACCCUGGUGUCUUGCCGGAAAUCGUGUAUUUGAUUACGGUAGGUAUAGUAUUAUUUUUGUACUUGAUUGUGCUCGACACUAAGACUCUCGAGUCGAUUUACGAAUCUUGUUGCAAAUUGUGUGCGGGACGUAAGCGUUCCACCGGAGGAUCCACAAAUGAAAAUGAAGACGUUGCCAUGGAACGAUCGGUUGUAAUAGACCUGAUCAACGCGGAACGAAAAGAUAUACCUCUCUUGGUUAAUAAUAUUACCAAAAAAUAUAAAGAAAAGCUGGCCGUUAGAGGAAUCUCCUUUCAUGUUGCACAAAACGAAUGUUUCGGUCUUCUGGGAAUCAAUGGAGCUGGUAAGACCUCAACCUUCAAGAUGCUUACUGGGGAUGAGAAAAUCACCUCCGGAGAGGCCUACAUCGAUGGCGAUAACAUAUCCACCCAUAAGGUGCAUGGCAAAAUCGGUUAUUGUCCACAAUUUGAUGCCUUAUUUGAAGACCUAACUGGACGGCAAACCUUGAGGAUUUAUUGCUUGUUGAGAGGAAUCCGACGACGACUUGUGAGGGACAUAAUUUGGGAGAUUUCUAAAUCAUUUGGAUUUCAACAGCACCUGGACAAAAAAACGAAACAUUACAGCGGAGGAAAUAAGCGUAAAUUAAGCACAGCUAUAGCUGUACUCGGAAAUCCCUCGGUUUUGUAUCUGGAUGAACCCACCAGUGGAAUGGAUCCCGGAGCUAGAAGACAACUUUGGCAGGUUAUAGGCUUAAUUCGAUCUGCUGGAAAGUCCAUUGUCUUGACCUCACACAGCAUGGAUGAGUGCGAAGCAUUGUGCACUCGAUUGGCCAUAAUGGUAGAUGGCGAAUUUAAGUGCAUUGGCUCCGUGCAAAGCCUUAAAAAUCAGUACUCAAAGGGACUCAUUCUCAAGAUAAAAGUCAAGCAAAAGAAGAAAACCUUCCAAAGAGUUGUGAAAACUUCAUCGUCGUCAAGCGUUCAUAGUUUAUCAGCAGAAACAGCUCCUGCAAAUGCUACAAAGGAUUUUAAUCAAAAAACUGUAUUGGGAGAUCGAGUUUCUAAAAUUAAUAAAUUUAUUUUGAAAGAGAUUCCUGAUGCUGAACUGCAUGAGGAGUACAACGGACUGUUGACCUACUACAUUCCACAAACAAAAAUAUUGCCUCACAUUUUCCAGAUGCUUGAAAGUAAUGCAAGCAAGUUGAACAUUGAGGAUUAUUUAAUAACGCAAACACGGUUGGAGGAAAUUUUCUUAGAGUUUGCCUCGAAACAGGAGACCUCUGAAAUUACUACUACAAGAAAAUGCUGCUGCUGCUAAUCUUAAAGUUUUAUGUGUUGUUGCAUAAUAUUUAUAAGUAAAUUUAAUAUAUAUUGAAUGAAUGGUUUAGAGUUUUCUAAAUCUGACCUGA